AUGCUCAAAUCAGCAUUUGGUUUAUUGAAUACAUCCAAUAGAAGGCUGUUCAGCUCGAGUUUGGUUAAAGGAAACCUGUCCUUUCAGCUAAAGCUGACCCCCAACGAAAAGUCACAAGUAAACCUCCGCUCCAAAGGAGCUAAUUCCUCUCAAUCACAGAACAAAAAGAUUGAUCCAAGACUUGUCAAGAAGUUUCAAAGCGGUACAACCUAUGAUCCUUUUGACUUCUCCCUAGCAAGGCUGCAUCUAGACAAGAAGUUUUCAUCCAAGAAUUCCUCAAAUGACUUGUUUGAUAAAUAUGGAAUUGAUCCUCUGGACCUUUACACAAACCCUGAAUAUCUUUCACAAUUUGUUUCGUCUACUGGUAGAAUCUUACACAGAGACGUUACUGGGCUUUCUGCUCGAAACCAGCGCCGGUUGUCGAAGGCCAUAAGAAGAUGCCAGGCCAUAGGAUUGAUGUCUAAAACACAUAGAGACGUUUCUUACCUCCCUCCCAGAAUACUGGGCAAGUUGUAA